AAACGGCAUAACAGUGGACUGGACAAAAAGCGGUUUAUCUGAAGAGAAGUAGCCUACACCUUCAACAUGUCGAAAAUGUUAAUGUGUUUUCUACUGCUGUCUGUCUUUAUCCAUUGUACAUUUGCCCAUCCAACUAAAAAAUUGCAAGGUCCACCACCAAACCUGCGUCCCGAGGAGAUAGAGUCUGAAGACACAUUUGAAGGUGAUAUAAAACUAACAGAGGCACAGCGAGAACAACUUGAAAAUGAGAUUUUAGGGGGACCGACAAAACGCAAAGCUAUAAAGAAUCAGUUUUAUCGGUGGGAUGAUGCUAUAAUCCCGUAUGAAAUUGCUGAUGAAUCACUUGAUAACGAAGCUGUAAUCCGUUCAGCAAUUGAACACUGGGAGAGUAACACCUGCGUGCGGUUCAGGGAAGCAUCGUCCGGACACAGAGUUCUCUUUACUAAGCAAGACGGAUGCUGGUCCCAUAUUGGUAAAAUUGAUAAAAAACCUCAACCCAUAUCUAUCGGCGAAGGAUGCGAAAGUCUUGGGACAAUAGCUCAUGAAAUCGGACAUGCUGCUGGGUUUUUCCACGAGCAAUCACGACCAGAUCGUGACGACUUCGUUGAGAUUCUAUGGGGUAAUGUGAAAAGUGGAUAUAGUGGAAAUUUUGAAAAACAGGGAACCAGCGUUAUUAAUACUAUGGAUGUGCCGUAUGAUCUGACAUCUUUGAUGCAUUAUGGGAAGGAUUUCUUCACGAAAAACGGUCUUCCAACAAUCGUGACUGUAGACCCUAUUCUGCAAGAUGUGAUUGGAGAAAGGUCUGGGCUAUCGUUUCAAGAUAUUCAUUUGGCAAAUCUUAUGUAUGAAUGUGAUGUUGACUGCACUGGUACACCCUGUAAGAAUGGAGGUUACAGGAGAUCGACCAACGGGUGCAACUGUCUGUGCCCACCAAACUUUUCAGGAACUUUGUGCCAAACAGAGGAGACUCCGGACUCCUGUUCGAUGACAAUAGACGAAUCUGAAAGUAGUUCUGGAAGCAUUUCAUCACCCAACUAUCCUGAAAACUAUAGCAACAACUUAGAUUGUAACAUCUAUUUCAAGGGCACCAGUAAACUCACGGUUACCUUCAACGUCUUUGAUUUGGAGCCCCAUUCUUCUUGUAAUUGGGACUACGUGGACAUACGUACCGAUAACUUUUACUAUUCCGGUAAUAAGUUUUGUGGAACUAACAAACCGGAAACCAUUGUUAAAGAAGAUGGCAAAUUAUUGCUAGCAUUUCAUUCAGAUGGCAUAGAAACUGCGGGUGGGUAUACUGCUACAUAUGCGUUUGAACCAACAACUGCAGAGGCUACAACAAAGACAUCCGAGUCAUUUACUACCAACGAGGUAACCGGGUUAUUUACUACCAACGAGGUAUUACUUCAAACUAUUGCCUGCACCGGUGAUUCAGUUGUGCCUCGAAAUUACGAUCUGAUCGAAAGUUCAGGUUUAGGAUUCAGACAUGGUUUUAUGACCGCUUGGGCUGAUGUAGAUGGAAACGGGUUUGCUAAUGCGUACUGCAGAAUCAUGAAAACAGGUGGAAGAAGGUUUCCAUCAUGCUUGAAACCGGACGGAACUGAGUUCACUAUUCCCGGUGCUGGAACUGUGCAAUUUGACGUUGGCUACAAGAAAACUGCAUUUAUGCGUGAUAUGGAUAACGACGGAAAAGAUGAUUUUUGCAGAUGCAUCAGGGACGGAAGAAGUUCGAAGUUUCGGUGUGUCAAAGCAGGAACAGAUUACUUCCGACCAGAAGAGGGUUUCGAUUUGGUCGACGCCCCUUACGAUGGGCAGUGUAAAACAGUGCAAGUUGACCAUGACACUGGCUUUAUUUAUUAAUUUUAUUCUUUACUUGGAAAAAAAACCUUCUUUAGUCAAUAACAUUUUAAGUUUUACACGUAACGAUAUACUAUAGUUUAAAACAUAAUUAAUUAUGAAAUUAAUACUUAAGAUUAUGUAGCCACGGUGUUACACUUGUGUUCAUUAAUCAAUUACACUACGAUUAUAGUGAUUUCAGGCCAUUCCUUAAGGUACAAAAAUUAUGUUCAGCCCGAUUUUUAAAGAUUAUUGGUUUAUGGAGCAUGACUUUGCCUACUGUAAUGGAUCUUUUAGUAUUCGGUAUUCUUUUUUUGCCUUUGUAAACAACAUCAAUGAAAUAGCAUUGCAAGGGGCUCUGAGAUUUAAAAAAAAAAUGUAAUGUGACAACCAAAUUUAACAACUAACCAAUCACAACAGAAAGAAUAUUGUUUAUCAAAAGGGUGGGGCUUAGUGGAAUCAUCGAUAUACUGGCGUGUACUUGCUAUCACUUGUUAGAUGUGGAAAAAAGCUGGAUAUCGGUGCAUUCGCUUUUGUCAACCACUAGCCCUGUUUCUAAAUAAAUUAAAUCUAAUCAAUCUCAUACACGAUAUGUGUUUUAUAUAACAUUUUUAAUCGAAAGAUAUAACCACACUAACAUUUAUCUUAUUCAUUGUCAAUAUGAAAGAUUAUUAAAUAAAAAUUGGUAUAGAGAUAUUUGUCAUCAUUCAUAUAAUUACAGUAUCGUCAAACAGAUCGAAUACCAAAUCUGACAAAUUCAGAUUGAGCGAUAGAAAUUUACUAUGUGGCACUAAACUUUAGUACAGUGGUAUAUGGGAUUUUAUUUGAAUUAAAUUGCAAAAUAAGCAACUAUUAUGUUUCUGAGAAA